AUGGCAUUUCAUAAAGAUGCACUAAUGGCCUAUACAGGAAAAUUGGCUCCUAUCCAGAUGAGCAAAUUGGAGAAGGAAAAGAAGGAAGGAAAUUAUUGGGAAGCUCAAUGGGUGGGAGAUAAUGACCACAAUGUAUUUGAAGUUAGAAGGCAUGGUCGCACACUUCGGGUCAACACUCAAGAAAGGACUUGCACCUGUAGAAAGUGGCAACUGACAGGUCUGCCAUGCUGUCAUGGAGUUGCUGCAAUUCAAAGAAAAAAUCAAAGGCCAGAAGAUUAUGCCCACCAUUGGCUGAUUAUGGAGGCAUAUAAUAGAACUUACCAAUUUCACAUCAACACAGUCCCUAGUCAGGAAUACUGGGCUGAUACAGAGGGACUGCCAUGUCUCCCUCCAUCUUAUAAGAGGCCAAUAGAAAGGCCUACAAAAAAGAGAGCUCGACAUGAAUCAGAGAGACAGAAUGGUAGCCAGUACAGACUUAAGAGGAGUUAUGGCAAAACAAGUUGUAAAUAUUGCGAAAAGGUUGGACACAACUCCAGAACCUGUCCUGAUAAGAAGACUCAUGUGGCAACUGAGGAAGAUGCAAAUGCACAGCAAGCACCUCAAGUAGGUCAGCCAAAUGGAAGACAUGUACAGCCAGCAGCAGGAGAAAAUUUGCCACACCUGGACUUAGAGGACAUGUCAGACUCAGAGCAGGAGAGGUUUUGGGAGGAGACCAUGGAUGCAGUUGAAGAGGAGCUCACACAAGGCCACCCACACUCUGAAGCUGAUGAAGAGGUAGUACAUAUAUUAAUCAAUAGUGAUUACAGUAACUUGACAUGUGGCACUUAG